GUGCAACUGUGCAACUUUUUUCUCCAUGUAACAUACGUAAAAAUUACCGAAAUGAGCCACCUACCCCGUACUAGAAGUAGACGUCGAGGGGGCAUCAAGACGAGGUGAAAAAUCGAGCUGCGCUGUGUUUAUUUCUCUGCUUUGAUACACCUGAAACAUUGUUUUGAGUUAAGAAAUAAAUCACAACAUGCCCCAACAGACUUCAUCGGCCGACUUCACGGGCUGCUUGCGUGACGAUCGCCUGCAGCCGCAUGAAUUGCAGCCCGAGAUCACGUAUGCAUUGCAAAUAUGUCUGGGUCUGGAAACUUGUGGCGCUGAAUUGUCAUUGCCGAGCAUUUUCUCGAGCGCAGCCAAGCAUGACAAGCUACUCCUUCUCAUGCGUAGCGCGCAUUAGAAACUGCAUAAUAUUGCUUGACGAAAGAAGCCGCGCUUCUGUUCUCAGUCACGCAACACAGACUUUACAGAUAUGCAGGCCGAGCAAUACAGGUUCCACUCUUCCAGACAUCCAGACAGAUUUGCAGCUCGAGAUCACGGAGAAGGAGUUGGAAAUCGCAGACCACCUGCGGCUACCAAAUGCAAGUGUGUCUGGAUGUCUGGAAACUUGUGAUGCUAGCUUCUGAAUUGUGGGAAGAAACUGCAAUACACAGCCGCGCAUGACAAGUUUAUUUUGAGCUCCUUCUAUAUGUGUUUCGCUUUCCGCAUGACAAACUGCAUUUUUUCAUGACAGGCGCGAGGCUUUUCUACUCCUGCUCCUGCAUUACAGAUUUAGCAGCCAGGUGAAAUGACAAGCAUGAAAAAAAUAAGCUUGCAUUCUUCCAGAGGACCCAGACAGAUAAUUUCCAUUCCAUAGCGAUCCGGCAAAUUUGAAGACCUGGUGAGUAAAGCCAAUAAGGUCGACGCGGAGCAACGGCUGAAGAAUCUGGGCGACCCGAGCCAGACCGGACAGCGGGGCUUCAUGUGCUUGACGGGGCGGGUAUCCACAAGAAAUUUCUCCCACACGACGAGCGAAAAUGCUGUUUCUGCAUGACACAACUUCCCUGCAAGAGUUCAAUCUUAACCAGCAUGACAUUUUUAUUGACACUCUAAGUAAAUUAGCGAAAUUUUUCAUGCAUUUUGUACAUGUGCGGGAAUGGAAAUUUGUAUUGCAUAGCGGGACGGGUCGUUUUCGAAAGAGCAGGACUUCCAUAUGGGGUUCUCAGACGUUACAUUCUCAACUGUUACAUGAAUUUGUCAUGCAGAAUUGCCUUCAGAAUCUACACCAUCAAGCUGCUUCGCAUGACAAAUUCUCAGAGGGCCAAGCAGGCCGAUAAUCGGCGCCAAAUCUGUCAUGCAAGACGCGCAAGAUCUCUCCUAUCACUUUUGCCAUUCUUGCAUCACAAAUUCAUGUAACAGUUGAGAAUAUAACAGUUGAGAACGCCAUAUUCCAAAGGCUGAAGGCCCGCCAGUACGCGGCGCAGUGCGAGUAUGACAAUGCAGAACUCCCCCUCUCCCUCAUUUGUCAUGCAAAAUACCAAAUCCAAGCGCUGCCCUGUGGUACUAUUUGCAUGACAGAUUUUUCCGGAAGGAGCCCCAACAGUACUACAUUACGCGCGCGAACUUGUCAUGUACGGACCCCACAUGUGCGGGUGUUUGCAUUGCUGUCCAUGCAAUACAAAUGAGGGGGAGGCGGGGAGGUUGUGCACUCUCAUAGCGAGGACCUGCGGGAGACCGCGAAUGUGGCGAAGGACGAUAUACUACGCAUUUAUCGCGAGAAAAAACUGUUUCUCUGUAAACUUGUGAUGCAUAGAACGGAACGCAAAUGUGUUUGUCUUGCUACACAUGCAACACAUUGGAUUUCUAGCUGUGUUUUCCCUUAGGAAGCACGCAUGCCAAGUUUUCUUUGUCAUGUGUAACAAACUUGUGUUGCAGAUCUUGCAAAAUUACCACAGUGAAACAGUUUUUUCGUUGGAUAGUAUUGGAAAGAACUCUAAUGGCGUGUGGGUCUUUCUUUUGUGGCAAGUGGCAGAUAUUUGCAAUCUUGGAAUAUUGUAGCUUUUGGUGGCCCGCGUUUUAUUUCCAUUUGCACUUAAACAAACUGGUACCGCACAGCCAUUCCAGCAAAACUCGUCAUGCGUGGCUGUGCAGGGUACACUUUUUUUCAGUUGUUUUCAAGAUUUAUUGAUACCCGCUCAACUUCUUUCCCGUAGACCCAGACGUCAUAUUUGCAAUAUGCAUACGUUCUUCUCAAGGACAGCACCGUGAAAAACGACAAGAAUAUGAACUCUGCAUAUGCCAGCACGCUGCUGGUAGAAAAGGGGGAGCAGCAUCGAAACAACCCGAGCGCUACGAGCUGCGAGAUGGACGAGCUAGCGCUGUUGCGCGAGAAACGGAAGGAGCAACUUCGGCGGGAGCAGCAAAUGACGCAGCACUGGAUAUCCUGAGCAAAAACGACGUCCCCACCCCAUAGUCAAUACACACAAAUACAGCACUAUGCUGCGCUCUCUUGGAGAGCUUUUGGUAGUAGUUUUAUUCUUUAUCAUUUCCAUACAAUAUAGUAGUACUAAGUAAUAGUCCAUUAAGUCAAAAUACACAUAUAAUAAUUCUAGUUUGCGCGAAGGCAGAUGGUUGUGGACGGUAGUAGUUUCAGCGAAUAGUAGUGAGCCGGCACCCUCAGUGUGCUAUUCGCAUGACCUUGAUUCUACUUACGCGAGCACCCACAGGCUCUGGGCUGCCUAGGUUCUAGGUCAGAACUGCAGCCCAGCCAGAGCCUGCGGGACCCUGAGGGCAGAAGUCCCCAGCCCAUGCCAGCACGCGCAUCGCAAUAGAUACCUCACAUACACAGUGGCCACAUAGAUUAUGCUUCUCUUCUCGUCGUAGUUCGUUCUCCCCUCUUUUUCAUCUGAAAAUUUGAAGUUUCUCUGUGCUUUAAUUUGGUCUUUCCAGUACAUAAACACCCCAUAGUCAGGUUGGUAAACCUGCAACACAAAUCUCCAAGUUUUGGAGGUUCGGCACGCAUGUGAAGUUUAGUUUCCAUCUGCAGUCUAGUGCUGGUUUGGAAGGAAAGCCGCACCACAAAGACGCCUAGUUAUCCCAUUUACAGCAUUACAAAUCUUCCCAGAACAACACAACUACACACUUCUCUCAUGCGCAUGUGCAUUACAGGUGUUUCUCUUUCUGUAGAUGCAAACCUGCAUGACAACUAUGGGGAGGUAGGGACGUUUUCACACAGGAUACUGGAAAUCCCAGGGGCACGGAGUGCUGCGCGACAUCGCCAGCGAAAGGGAGUUUUUCCAACAGGUUUCAUUUUACUUGGUUACAUUUUUCCUCGUUGUUGCGCAUGGCUGAUAACCUCAAUACAACUGUAUCGACAAGAAAGCAGAGUAGCAGUUUAUGUCCUGCAGACCACCAAGCAAGAGAGGGGACGCGGUUAAACUUAAACCUGCACGUUCAACACAGGUGAAACCGCACGAGCGGUCCGUGGUUCUGCUUUACAGCAAUAGCGGGGUUCGGAACACCGCUAUCACGAGAAAAAAGUGUUACAGUUACACAUUUGCUGGAGUUUCUGCAUCACAAAUUUUCUCAGUGUGGCCGAGAAAACUUGUAAUGCGAAGAUCAUAAGGGAAAACAGGAGGGAAACGAGGCUCCUAAGCAUUGCCUGCAUGAGAAAGGUUGUCUCUGUUUCCGGUCUUGCAACACAAUGUGUAACUGUAACACUUUUUUCUUGCGAUAAACGCGAAAAUCCGGGACAUUUUGGCCUCGCUCGCGAAGUAUCAAAUGCAAAAAUGUCUGGGUCUGGAAACUUCUGAUGCUGGGUGGCGUAUCAUGAGGAGGCCACAAGUGCUGGCUCAGCAUGACAAGUUUCGGAGCUUCUAGGUGUUGCCUAUUCUGCAUGACAGACUGCGUUUCUGCAUGACAGCAAAGUGGCGCUCUUGGGUAACGUGCAUGACAGAUUUGAAAGUCAUGCCAGACAAGCAUGACAAACAUGCACUCUUCCAGACCCAGACAUUUUUACAUUUGAGACGAAGAAGCACCUGGAGACGCAGGUGUUUCAGUUGGAAGAGCAAAAGGCUCACUUUAUGAACUGCAAAAGUAUCGCACUCGUAGUAAUUGCGUUUAUGCAUUACAAAUCUCGUUGUCAAGGUACAUCAGCAUUACAAAUUCAAUUUGUAGCGCUCGGCUAAUUUGUAAUGCAAUUUAUACUAGUGCGAUGCGUUUGCAGUUCAUACACUUUAUGCUGCAGCUGUUGGAUGUGCCGGACGGGGGGCUGCCGAUCCUGUUCCUCUAUGCGUUGCAAGUAUGUGGUCUCUACGUCUACUUCAACAGAUCUCGCUCUUACUUCAGCUGCUUCACGUAAGACAGAUACUUUUGUGUCGUGAUCUCAAGCAUCAAGCAUGCAAGCUUGUUCCAGAGUACCCAGACACAGACUACAUGUUUGCGUGUGCAUAUGCUUUUGCGCCACGGCGAGGUGAUUUGCAGAAUCUCGCGGGGUAUUAUUUGCGACGACUCGCUUACGGAGCGCAAGCUGGAGAAACUUUUGAAGACCCGCGACGCUUUAUCCUCGAAAAAAAUUGAAACUCUGAAUUCAUUUGCAAUACUAAUGUUCAUGACAAGCUGAAGAACUACCGGGAGUUUUGUGAUGUCGCGCAGACGAGGCUGAGUAAGUACGGCAACAAAUAAGACGUAUUUACUCUCGGUCUCGUCACGAAAGAAUCUUCUCGAGUGGUUGGUAUGAGACACCUGAAGAUACUGUCAACAAACUACAGCCGUAUUGAAUACGAGCACUUUAUUGUAAUUGUAAAUGACUACAGUAUUUAUUUUUGUCUGGGAUGCGCGUUUGGCGAGGGCACGGUCAGUUCCGACGACGAGGCAAAUAAUUCAGACGAGCUAUUACAAUGCAAAACGCCCCCGCCCCAGAACUUGGUAGAAUUUGUACUGCAAACCUUCCCAAUGGAAUUAUUACUCCCGGUCUUGCAUCAUGUGUCAGCACGACAAUUUGCCGACUCUGAGUAGCUAAAAUUUGCGCUGCUAAGGAGUCCAACAACAGCCAGGACCUGUUAUGCAACUACUUACAAAUGGCAUUUGUGCCUUGCGCGCCUACGACUAGAUUCUAUUGCAUCAGGGAGACACGUAGUCCUUUCAUGCAUACAUAUAAAGUUCUUCAUUUGAAAACCUUAUGCGGCAAACAUUUUUACAACUUCCGGAGUGGGGGCGCUUUUCAUCAUGAUACGAGCAGGAAGACUCUGAUUUGGAGAACGGCAAGCAUCGAGGUAAAAAUAGACAGCGGCUGGCUUUUCAAAGGUUCUGAGUCUAAGUAAGCAGCAUGUUUGGUAUCAAUUCAAUGGACGCCGACGCCCGGCGGUAGGUCAGACAUUUUUGAUGUACCUCAGCAUCCAUGUCAGCUUUUUUUCAAACUACAAUCUAGCACUCGCUAAGUUGUGUAGAUGAAGUAGAUGCAGCCCGCAGGCCAUCCUGUUCUA